CCAAAAUGUCAAAGUAGCAAAACAAUCCUAAAAUAAUGUCAAAUCUACCGAGGCCGUAAAUAAAACAAAUUAAAUUUUAUUGUUGUGAUUCGUUUUGCUACGGAAAUUCGUUUCAACGCAUCAGUCACUUCGGUGUGUGAAAAGACUUUGAUAAGUUUUGUGCAAGCUUUAUUCGUUUUGUGCUCUUUUGUGAAUCUCGUUCUGAUUGCUCAGAUUCUCGCUUGGAUUUUAUGGUCGUCAUUUGUUGAGUGUUUUUUAUGUAUCGUCGAGUUUGCGAUCACGAUUUGCACUUCUGGACUGUCAUUCGUUAGUUAAUUAUUGCCGGACGAAUUAAGUACUAGAAAGAUAUCCGGAUUCACGGUGGAACAGAGCUGUGUCGUGUCUCUUUUUUUACGUAUUGAAACAAUCGUUCAUUGAACUUUCCGCGAAAGUAAAUUGCACGUUGUGUGUCUACCGCGUCACAGUAAAAAUCAAUGAAGAUUCUAUGUGAUGAAAAUGGAAAAUCGAAGAUAUUUUAAUCAGGAAGGCAAGGAGGCGAAAAACUUCUACCAUCUGUCCGACGACGGUGAGGAGAAGUGCUACAAUGUCAGAAAGCCACCGGUGAAUUUGCGACCGCGCUCGAUUCAGAGUGCUUCCCAGAAUAAAUCGGCCAAGCUAUCGGCACCGCGUGUUCGGUCCGCUUCAACCGGAAGGGACAAAAAAUCCGAGCUGCAGGCUCGGUACUGGGCUUUCCUGUUCGGAAACCUACAGCGAUCGGUCAACGAAAUCUACCAAACUGUUGAGUGCUACGAGAAUUUACCCUCCUGCCAGGAGGCGAUUUUGGUGCUAGAAAAUUACAUUAGAGACUUUCGUGCGUUGGCCGAGUGGUUUAAGGUUUCCUGGGACUAUGAGGCAACACCGUUACCCCAGCGACCACACUCGCUGGCCUGGGAAGUGCGGAAGAGUAAUCCAGCGCCGCGUGUCCGCAAACCGAUCUCUAGUCCUGGUGUAUCUGGAAAGUCGAGUCCCAGUUUCUCUGGCAAAAAUAGUCCCUGCCAUGCACAGGAAGAAUUCAGCAAGUAUUCACCUAAGAAGCACUUUAGCUCGACGGAAAGCCUCAGCACAAUCAAGAAGCCAGGAUUUGGUAAAGUGGGUAUUUUGAAGCAAACUAGUGCCGCCGCGGUUGAGAAUGGUGGUCUUGAGGGAAUGGUGCUUCUGCCUCCCCAGUGCCUAGUAAAGACGUCGUCACCAGCGGAGUGUGACACACCGAUUGGUUGUAUUAGUUUAGAAAAUUAUGUUCUGAAGUUGGAUCAGUACACGCAGACGAAUUUGGAUGAUGAGAACUUGACGUUGGCAGAGUAUAUGGAGAAAUAUUGCAAAGAAGAGGAAACGGCUAAGGAGGAAGGGGCGGAUACUAAAAUUGAUAUCGAUGAAGAGGGUCCAAAAGCUGGUGAAGAAGUUAAAAGCGCUGAAUGCGACUCCCAAGAAGAUAGAAAGGUGUCUGAAGAUUCGAAGGUACUGGAAAAGUCGGAAUCAUCUAUCAAAAAAUCUGCUCCGGUUACAAAGUAUGCAGCCGUAGUAAACAGCGCACUGAAACCUACAUCGCGUCCAGUUUCACAGAACAAAACAAUUUUACCAUCGAGAACUUUGCCACCCAAGGUACUGAAACCGCCUAUGGCCACGAGCAACGUUCGAAAAUCCGCUACUCUGUCCAGUUUGACUCAAAGUCAAACAAAAACCAUUUCACUGCCUGCUAAAAGUGCUACGCUUUCAAACAUCCAUUCGAUUGGAGCUAAACCAGGUGUCCGUCCAGUCACAAGUACUGCAAGGAACAGAACGAUUCCACCUCACACUGCUACUACAGCGACGAGAUUGUCGGCUAGAUCGAAAACUAUGAUUGAGAUUACCAACCGUAGGAAAGAGGUGAAACCAACUCCACCAUCAUCGCGGCUCUCACUUUCCCGCAGAACCUCCAGAGAUGAUAUUGACAGCUCCACGUCGACGCUAAAAGCAAGUACGGACCGGCUGGGCUCAAGAAACUUCAUCAACGAUUCAUCCAGGAGCCGUGUCCAAAACGGACCGGUAGCGAACCGACGUUCCGAACCUAAAUCUUUGCCAUCGGAGGCGGCUUGCAAUGACGGCUGGUACACGGUCAAAACGAAGCGACGCUCCAGUCUUCACUGGGCGACACGUUUCAAUCAACCAAGUGGUUAUGCUAGUUUGCCAUCCCUUUCUCUGCUAGACGAAAAUGCGAUCGGCGAGGAAAGUGAUAAGAAAGAAUCCAAUGGAAGCGCAAAUCAACCGCCACAAGCGCAGCUGAAGCCAGCUAAACCGGAUACAAUUUCGAAGGUUUCCACUGAAACGAAAUCGAAGGCACCGAUUGUCAAUGCAAAACCGAAAAAUCCUACCAUCAAAGCUGUUCCCACUCCCAUCCCAAAGCGUCCCACAACCGCCCCAGCAGCCACGAAAAAACUCAACCCGAACGGAUCCGCACAAGCUCAACCACCCAAACAGGCGAUGAACGGCCCAGCAGUCUCGCGACAAAAAUCCGACCUCACUGGUUUGAAAUUGAAAACGCUUCACAAAGAAUUUCUCCGGAAUGAAAAGAUGAAACUUAAACCCACCCCGGAACCUAGCAGAGAGGAUGCGAAUGUCACCGUGGAACCAUCCCCGCUACAGCAAGAGGAAUCCGUCUCGCAGCUGAACAAGGUAGAUAUGAACAUCCAGACCAACCUGGUGUCUUCGACGAUUCAGAGUCUGUAUGCAAAGUGUUUGGGCUCAACCGGGGAGGACGGAUGUGGUGACGGGGCUUCGAUACUAAGUAAACAUACAGUUCGAUCGGAUAUAAAUCUGUCCAGUUGCGACGAACUGGAAGAACGAGAGGAUUUGGAAAGUGAUGAAGAUCAACGAAAGCUGCUAGAGGAACAGGAAAGUCUUGAGGCGCAAAUCCGUGAAUUGCAAAAUACGGAAAUUGACGUCGAUACCGAAACGGACGAAACGGAUUGCGAGGCCAUCAUUGAUCUGGAGGAUAACGAGAGCAGUGCGGAGAACUUGGAAUCGGUUGACGUGAACGGUCUGGUCGACCAGGAAGAAAUGACGCUCGAAAUGCGAUACGAGUCGGUGCUUGCCGAAAUGUCCUGGGUAGAACGCGCUCAAACACUAGCCACCUUGCAGGCUCUGGUGGCUCGACAUCCGGGUAGGGCCCAAGAGUUGCACGCAAAACUUUCUAGCCCAUCGAGACGAAGGUCGUUGCAUGAAACGCUCAAGAAAUACCAAGCAAAGCAAGCUCGAGCGCUGGAGAAACGGCAGGCGCUGCAGAAGGAAAAAGCACUCAAAAUUCAACAUUUGCUGGCAAGAGUUGAAGAUGUUAAAACGGCCAAACAACAGUUGAUCGAGAAGAAACGAAUGCGGAUGGAAGAGCGGUUACAGCGCGCCGCGGAAAAUCGAACUCAGUAUCUAAAAGACAAAAUCAAAAAAGCACACGACGAGGAAGAAAAGCUGAAAGAAAUUGCCUUCAUCAAAAACUUAGAAGCACAAAAUAAGCGACUAGAUUUCAUUGAAUCCUGCAAGGAACAGGAAGGCCGACUGCAAGAUUUGGAAACGGAGCGGUUGAAGAAGGCCGAGGAAAAAGCUGCCAAGGAGGCAGCCGUCGAACGGAGGAGACAGGAAAUCGAACAAGAACGUCAGAAAAAACUUCAGAUCAUCAGUGAAAAUCGACGGGAAAGGGAAAAGCGUGUAGGAAAAAUGCAAGAGCAGAAAGAAAAACAGCGUCAAGCUCUAGCGAGGGAAAAGGCUCGCGAUAGAGAAGAACGAUUGCUAGCACUGCAAGCACAACAGCUAGCCACGACGGAAGAAUUGCAGCGAAAGAUAAUUCAGAAACAGCAAGAAUCUGCUCGUCGGCACGAAGAAAACAUCGAACACAUCCGGCAGCGAGCCGUCGAAUUGACUAUUCCAAGUCGCAAUGCCGACGAUGUCAAUUGCACCAAACCAGAACAAGAUAAUGAUGACAAUCUUAGUGUUAGUGAUAGGGGUAAAGAAAACGGCAAUGCCAAGGCUAAUAAAAAGCGUUUGAAGAAACUGCGACAGCGAAUGGUGCAGGAAGCGGAACAAUACUUGUCAGAAAUGCAACCGUUAGCGCCACAAAUCCGCAAACAAAGUCAAGUGCCGAAACUACUUGGCACAAUUGUUAAAGGUGGCGGUCACCUAGGAGUGGAACGACCGCUGGGACAGUUGCUCCGGCUGAUGGCCAAGGCAGAGGUGGUUGAUUUUCAAUCGAUGUGGCUGUUAGAUGGAUUGAAAACUAUUGCCGAUUUGAUUCAGAUUGGAAUGGAACCAAAUUCGGAGGUUUCAAAACGUGCGGUCGUUAUAUCGGUCCAAUUGUAUCGUAACGCAUGUUCUCUAUGCCCGCAAAUAUCCCGCCACGCUAUUCUGGGUAACACCAUUACAGUAUUAUUGGAUGCAUUGCAGAUCAGUUUAAAGACACCGGAGGAGAAAAGUCCUCUCUACCCGGUCGAGCUAUCCACCGAGCUAAUACUAGCCUGCACCGUAGCUCUAUCACCGACCAAUUCUCUCAAGCAGACACACCCAAAGGUUGUGGAACGCCUUCCGGAUCUCAUAAGUUAUACCGUAUCCUUAGGACUGAUAGAUACCUUAGUUAGAAAAUUCAACACCAUACGAGAAUCAGUGGAGAACCAACAGAGUUUGGUGCUUUCCCUGCUGGCUUCGCUCGGUCUGCUGACGAAGCUUGCGGAACUGUGUCCGAGGGGUCCUGACGUUACCAAAUUUCUGCUAACGGUCAAAACGACGGAACUGUUCGGAACGAUCUCGUUGUUGUACGCGGCCAUCGUGCCUAUCGGUGAAUGCAUUCCACCGAGAACAAUUUCGCUGGCGGCGGCUACCUUUAAUCUUCUGGUAACACUGGCCAAUCUGGACAUUGCGACAUUUCAGGACGUGUUAUCAGAGGAGAAUCUUUCGUUCAAGUUCCUGGACGUGGUAAGCAUCCUUUUGCAGUACUGCGUACCUAAAUCGGAGGUGAAAGGCGAAACACAAGCUGUGAUAAUCGACUUAAUAGCUACGUUAGGUUUCUUCUGUGCCAAUAAUAAAGUUAAUCAGGAUCUACUUACAUCGGACCAAUCGUCAGUGAUAAUCAAAAACCUGACCAAACUACCGAAGCAGUUCGAUAUGGUCAUCUACCCGACGCUAGUCACCGUCAUCUAUGAGAAUUCCGAUGCCAAAGCCGUACUAAGCAAAGAUUUCGAUAUUGCGUCACUGGAGGAGUACAGCAAGUCGGAUUUGGCGAAAAAGAACAGAAUCGUGUCAUUGCUAGCGAAGGCGGAGUAGUUUCAGUUUAUUUGUUUUUCCUCUGCCUUCGACGGUUCGGUAAGCGCAAAUGUAUCCUGCCAGACGACCGCCGCGCUGGGUCAGGUCAACCGCAGCCGCAAACCGCAGAUAGCCGCCGCCAGAAGCAAUAAAUACUGAGAAUGAGGUGGAAUCAAUAAAAAUGCGACAUAAAAGCGCAGUGAUUAAAGUCAGCAAUAAUGUCGUCUUUUGGCAGCAGGAUUCGUGCGCCACGGGCUUUCGCGCCAGAGAUUGUAUCCGAUCUUGGCGUUGCACAAAAUUUAUUGACGCCUAAUGAGUUGAGUUACUUGCCGGGACGUGGCGCGACCUGCCUACCACUCAGGUGUGCCGGCAGUGAGGCAACCUGCUGUUUAAUUGUCCGAAGGAUUGCGUUUUUUUUUGUUUUGUUAGUUCGUUUGAUCAAUACUAAUGGUUGGCGAGCAUUGGCUCUGUUGAUUGUUUGCCGUGCGCACUAGCCGUGAAAUUUGCACUCGCUUGCUGUUGAAUAAUGUGUGUUAGAUAUUCGAAGCACGUUUGUAGUUCCAUAUGGCCGUACUUAGUAAAGCCGGACACUUUUUUAUGCAGGUAGAUGAGUAUGGUAUGUUUACAGGCAUGCUGGUAGGGUGGGGUGCGGCUAGGGUAUCCAAAGGUUGAUGGUUAAUAUAUUUGAAGUAAACAAACUAGUAUUUCGAAAUUUUAUUGAUGGAAAACAAAAUAUUCA